AUGGACCAAAGAGAUGGAGAGGAUUUUCCUCCAAAUAAGCAAGCUUCUUCCACGGCGCCGGCGGAAUUCCCGGCGAGGAAGCUUGUGAGGCAGCUGGAUUUUACUGGUUCAGGCGCCGCCACAUCAAGUGAGCAAUUUAUGAAGCAACCGUUAGGAAAGCUGUCCCAGACGCCAAAUCCACCACACCUUCAGCCACCACAAAUGCUUUUUAUGGCGAUGCAACAGCCGCCACAACCAGCUGUGCUAUCCCCUCAUUCUUCCGUACGCUCUCUUGUGAAACCUGAAUCCCCAAGAACUCGGCCUAGACAAAAUGUGAAUGAAAUCAAAGAUGGUACACCAAAGAAGCAAAAGCAGUGCAACUGCAAGCAUUCACGUUGUCUGAAGCUGUAUUGUGAAUGUUUUGCAUCUGGAAUCUACUGCGAUGGUUGCAACUGUGUGAAUUGUCAUAAUAAUGUCGAAAAUGAAGCAGCGAGACGAGAAGCAGUUGAGGCUACACUAGAGCGUAAUCCAAAUGCUUUUAGGCCAAAAAUUGCUAGCAGUCCACAUGGAGCUCAGGAUAACAGGGAAGAGGUUGGUGAAGUUUUAGUUUCAGGAAAGCAUAACAAAGGUUGCCAUUGUAAGAAGUCAGGAUGCCUUAAGAAGUAUUGUGAGUGCUUCCAAGCAAAUAUUCUUUGUUCUGAGAAUUGUAAAUGCAUGGACUGCAAAAAUUAUGAAGGAAGUGAAGAGAGACAGGCUCUUUUUCAUGGAGAUCAUGCAAAUAACAUGGUUUACAUCCAGCAGGCAGCAAAUGCUGCCAUAACUGGUGCUGUUGGAACUUCUGGUUAUGGGUCUCCCCCGUUGAAUAAGAAAAGGAAAGGUCAAGAAAUCUUCUUCGAGUCAACAGUUAAGGAUCCUGCACACCGGCUUGGACAAGUACAACAGGCUAAUCAAGUCAAGGCCUCUAUACCUUAUUCCUCUUCAUUACCAUCAUUCCCUGGUGCUCGAGCUGGUAAUAUGCCAGUCGUGAGCCCUUCAAAGUUUACCUACAGGUCUCUGUUAGCUGACAUCAUUCAGCCCCAGGAUUUGAAGGAGCUGUGUUCAGUGCUUGUCGUAUAUUCCGGAGUUGCAGAAAAACACGCAGAGGUUCCCGGGGAAACCCCACAGAUUUCAUCAACUCAACAUCAGCCUCAAUCCCAAAAGCAUCCUGAAGCGGAAAAAGCUCUGGCAGACCCUUCAAAUAAAAGUCAGUGUGAUGUAAAUCCUGAAGAGUCUGGUUCAGAUGGAGCUGAUGCAUCAAAAGGAAGGCCAAUGUCUCCUAGUACAUUAGCUCUAAUGUGUGAUGAAGAUGAUACAAUGUUCACUUCGGCUGCUUCCUCUAGCGGAUUAGUGGUUGAUAAUCAUGUGUCUUCCCAGUUGCGGGAAGAGACAGAGGCGUAUGCUGAGCAAGAAAGAAUUGUUUUAACGAAGUUCCGAGAUUGUCUUAAUAGGCUCAUCACGUUAGGGGAGAUAAAAGAAACAAAAUAUUCUGCCUUGGCACGAGCACAAUCAUGUAACGAGAAGGACCUUACCAGCAGCAGCAACAGCAGUUCGGAUAUGAAAUAUGAAACUAAGAAUCAACUGCCUAUAACUAAUGGUGGUUUUGUAAAAUUUGUUGAUGCUCCACAUAAAACUUCUCCAUUGAUUACCUCAACGCAUGGUGCUGCCAAUAAUGUCCAACAUCUGAGAAUAAUGUCAUCUGGAAACGGGGAUGUAAGAACAAAAUCCAAAGAGUUGUAA